GAUAAGAUUCUCUCUCGAGUAGCCUUCGUCUCUAUCACCUACCUGCACUCUCAUUCCUCAUCUCUCCUGCAAAAUCACAACUUUUCGAAUUCCCAGAUCUCUGUCUCCAUCGCUGUUCCUCUCUCUCCUUCCAUGAUCUCAUUACUUGCGAGCUGCGUUCAUCCACCUAAAUUUCCUCUCCUUAGGGAGAUCAACACUUCGAGCUUCCCUCGUCAUGGUCGAACAUAUAUAUUCAAGUUCCGGAAUCAUCGGAGUAGACUUCAUAUAAAUGCGGUAGAAAUGAACUCAUUCGACUCGUUUUAUCAGCAGCAACAGCCAAUAACACUAUUUCCUGGCGGAUUCAAGAGGCCGGAGAUUAGAGUACCUACUCUGGUUCUUCAGUUGAAAUCGGACGAGGUAUUGAAGGGGGAAGGAAUUUUGGAUGUUAUUGAUGUUGCAGUUAGUAAGUUGGUUGGAAUUGUUGUGCUCGAUGGUUCUCCAGGAAGUGGUGGCCGCUUGUAUGAGGCAGCUUGCCUUUUGAAGUCGGUCAUUAGAGACCGAGCUUAUCUGCUAAUUGCGGAGCGUGUCGAUAUUGCAUCUGCUGUUGGUGCUAGUGGCGUUCUACUCUCUGACCAAGGGUUACCUCCCAUUGUUGCAAGGAAUAUGAUGGUGCAAUCCAAGUCUGAGUCUAUCAUUCUUCCUUUAGUAGCAAGAAAUGUGCAGACAGCUAGUGCUGCUUUUAGCGCAUCUAGUUCUGAGGGUGCUGAUUGUCUUCUAUAUAAUGCUGAUGGAACAAACCAUGUUGAAAUGCUGCUGAAAUCUGUACUUAAGAAUGUCAAAGUUCCAGUUUUUACUACAAUUGCUUUCAUAGGACAGAGCACACUUCUGACAGAAGCAUCAAACUUACUUCACUCGGGUGCUAGUGGUUUAGUUAUUUCAUUGGAAGAUAUGAAGCUGUUUAGUGAUGAUACUUUGAGCAAAUUGUUUAAUACUGUGGGUGUAAUGAAGAGAAGAGCAGAUCAUGAGAUUCAGAGCUUCUUGAAACAUGAAAAAGGGGACCUGGAUGAAAGAUUUCAUGGGAAGAAAGGAUGUACUGGCUUUACUAAGUUGGGGGAUAGAGAGAAAAACUUCAUAGAAAGAGAGAGACAAAUCUUGCUAGAAGCAUCUGAUGUUAUCCGCAAAGCGGCACCGCUGAUGGAGGAGGUGAAACUGCUCACUGAUGCAGCUUCUCAGCUUGAUGAGCCAUUUUUGCUGGUUAUAGUGGGCGAAUUUAACUCUGGUAAAUCUACUUUUAUUAAUGCGCUCCUUGGACGAAGGUAUCUAAAAGAAGGAGUUGUUCCUACAACUAAUGAGAUCACUUUGUUACGCUAUUCUGAGUUGGACUCUCAUGGGCAAGAACAUUGUGAAAGGCAGCCAGAUGGACUGUUCGUAUGCUCCCUGCCUGCUAAAAUUCUUAAAGAAAUGAACCUUGUUGAUACACCAGGAACUAAUGUGAUUCUCCAAAGGCAACAACGCCUUACUGAAGAAUUUGUGCCACGUGCCGAUUUGAUUCUUUUUGUCAUUUCUGCUGAUCGGCCAUUAACUGAAAGCGAGGUUGCUUUUCUUCGUUAUAUUCAGCAGUGGAAGAAAAAAGUUGUUUUUGUAUUGAAUAAAUCUGAUAUCUAUCAGACUACCAGUGAGUUUGAGGAAGCCAUUGCAUUCAUUAAGGGUAAUGCUCAGAAGCUGUUGAAUACAGAACAUGUGACAUUAUAUCCUGUAUCUGCCCGGGCUGCACUUGAAGCAAAACUUUCUGGUCCUUCAGAUGUUGAAAAGGAAUCUGAUUGGAGAACCAAUAGUUUCUAUGAACUCGAAAAGUUCUUGUUUAGCUUUUUAGAUGGUUCAACAAAUAACGGGAUGGAAAGAAUGAAGCUUAAGCUUGAAACACCAAUUAGCAUUGCAGACCGACUACUAUCUACUUGUGAUGAACUUGCCAGACAAAGCUGUGAAUCUGCCAAUCAGGAUUUAGUCUCAGUAAAUAAAAUCAUUACUGGAGUUCAAGUUUAUGCAAUGAAGCUGGAAAGUGAGAGUCUUUCUUGGAGGAGACAGACUUUAUCACUGGUUGAUAAUGCAAAAGCCCGUGUUCUGAAGCUUAUAGAAUCUACUCUUCAAUUAUCAAAUCUUGAUCUUGUUGCCUCCUACAUUUUCAAAGGAGAGAAAAUUGCUUCACUGCCCGCAACCUGGAGUAUUCAAGACGAAAUCAUUAGCCCUGCACUCUUUGAUGCAAAGAAACUACUUGGAGAAUAUUUGGUGUGGUUGCAAUCAAAUAAUAUUCAUGAAGGGAGGCUCUACGGGGAAUAUUUUGAGAAAAGAUGGCCUUCAUUCGUCUCCCCACACAACCAGGUAUCGGAAACUCACAAAUUGCUGAAGAAAGGUGAGGAGCUCAGCCUAAAAGUGGUAGAGGACUUCAGUGCUAGUGCUGCUGCAAAACUUUUUGAGCAAGAAAUCCGUGAAGUGGUUUUGGGAACUUUUGGAGGACUUGGUGCAGCUGGUUUAUCUGCUUCCCUUCUAACAUCAGUGCUACCAACCACAUUGGAAGAUCUUCUGGCUCUAGGCCUUUGUUCUGCUGGCGGUUUGAUAGCAAUUUCAAAUUUCCCUGCCCGUCGAAAGGCAAUGGUUGACAAGGUGAAAAGGACAGCAGAUGCCUUGGCACAUGAACUCGAAGAAGCUAUGCAGAAGGAUUUGUUGCAGACUGUUGAGAAUUUGGAAAGCUUGGUCAAAUUCAUCAGUAAGCCUUACCAGGAUGAGGCACAACAUAGGCUAAACAAAUUUGUGCAGAUUCAAGGGGAACUAACAAGCGUUGAGAAAAAAAUGAAAUCAUUACGGAUCGAAAUCCAAAACCUUCGUGUAUCUUGAGAUCAUUUUGUUUCAGCAUUGCACAAGCAUGCAAAUGUCGCAGUGUCAGCUCCCUUUUUAUCAUGUGUUUGGACUUCCAUAUUUGGCUAUGGAUGCUAAAUGGAGGCAAGCAGUUUCAAUGGCAUCUCUAUUUAAUAAAGCAUGUGUAAUGUGUAUAUGAUGUAUCAAAUGGAGGUGUCAAGUUUUGUUUGGAUGUUAUUUUUUAACUGUGACAACAUACUUAGCAACUGGCUAUGUGUUAAGAUCUAUUUUUUGUAAAUGUAUUUGAUAUAUAAUGGAAAGCACCAAGUUCUGUUCCAAUA